AUGAUGGACCUUUGCUUAGCACGUGCUUUAAAAUGGGGAGGUAAUGAAAAUGAUGUGAAUUUGAAAAAUGUGUUGGAAAAGUUUUAUUUAAAGAAUGCUCGAAUAAGCUCUAAAAUAAUAAAAUUAAAAAAAUAUAAGAAAUAUGAUGAAGCUUUAGUAAAUAUUAAUUUGAACAAAUUUGAUUUAAUCGAUGAAUGUUUCUUUGUUUUGUCGAAUAUUAUUUAUUCUAUAUUAUUUGGUGUUUUAAAAAUUGAGAAUCUAAAUAAGUUAGAUCGUUAUCAACUUAUUUAUGUGUGGUUUGAACCAUUUCAUGAAAAACAAAAUAAAAAAAAUCGAAAAAUAGACAAAUGCCACAUUCCUGAUUUUGAAAAAAAAAUAAAUUAUUGUACAAAUAAAACAUAUAAUUAUGAAGACAGUGGAUUAUUUAAUGGACUAUAUUAUAGCGAAUGGAUAAUAAUAUCACUUAGUAAAAUUUUUAAGGAAUUAAAUGAACAAAGAAAUAAUGAUACUGAUAAUUUUAGUAGUAAUGAAAAUAGUAUUUGUGUUGAAAAUUGGGGAAUUGUUUUUGAUUUGUUGAAAUAUGUAUAUAUUAAUAAAAAUAUAUUAGGAAUAUAUUUACAAGAUAAAAGUUCUUCAUAUUUUAUAGAUGAUCUUAAUGAUAAUUUAAAAAAUAAUGUUAAUAAUAAAAUUAAAAAAGAUACAAUAAAUUGCGAUGAAAGUAAUUUUGGUAAAACAAUAAUACAAUACUAUGAAAAUGUUAAUAAAAUAAUCAAGGAUUAUUUUUCAUUGCCCUUUAUUUUAUUUUCUUGUAUAACAAAAAGAUUAGGAGCAAAUAAUGUAGAAAGGAAGCUUCAAAUUUAUAAUCAUAUUAUACCCAAAAAAUUAAGUGAAGAUGGAUUUUAUAAAAAUGCUAUAAAAACAUGUGUCUUAUCAUGGAUAUAUGAUGAAAGAAAAAAUAAAAAAAAUUACGAACAAAUUGUUCAUGCAACUUCAAAAAUUAUGCGAUUAAAUUUGGGUGAUUAUUUUUGUCAGUUUUUUAUUGGAAUUCUUCUAAAAUAUAAGACAAAUUGCAAAGUGAUAAAGAAAAUUAAAAUGAAAAAAAACUUAAAUAGGGGUAGACAAAAUAAAAUCAAAUUAAGAAGAAAUAUAUUUGGAUGGAAAAUAAGUAGACAUAAAUUGGUGAAACUUAUAUUUAUGAACAAGCAAGAGAAAAAAAAAUCUAGCGAAAAUGUGAAGUUACUAAAAAAAAAAAAAUACACACCACUUUUACAUAUAAAUAAUAUUUUUGAAAACAUUUUUUAUCACUUCCAUUUGUUUUGUAAUACAGAAUAUGAAAGGAAAAAACUUUUAAUCAGUUUAUUGAAUAAUCUAAUCCCAUUUGUAAAAAUUAUAGAAGGUUGCAUGAAAAAGUACAAAAAAAGAAAAAAAAUAAUGCACGAGAGAAAAAAAUUAUAUUUAUGUCUAUUUAAUAAAAAUGUUAAUAUCGUAUUAACAGCAAUAAUUAAUGUGAUACUAUUAUUUGAUUUAAAUUUUUUUUUUAUUGAGAAUUUUUUCAAUAUUUUUUCUAAACAUUGUUUUCCAUUAUCUUAUGCUAUUUGUAUAGUUGAUAUAAUUGCAAAUUUUAUUAACUAUAAAGUUCCUUCGAAGUUUGUAUUUCUUCUCAAAGAUUUUGAAAGAAAAAAAAAAUUAAUAAAUGCGACACCAUUUUUGAAUGAACAAAAACUAAGAAAAAUAGAGGGGGAGAAAAAACAAACUGUUGAAGAAGACAUAUUUCUUUCACAAAACUAUGAAAACAAUAUAGAAAUCGUUUCAAUACUUUUUUUAAAACAAUUACUAUUUUACUUAUUAGAUCAAUUUUCUAACGAUAUGCAAGAUGAAGAAAAAAAUAUAUUUAUAUCUAUUGUAUUAAGCAAAAUAUUAUAUGUAUUUAGUUUAUAUAUUAAAAGGGCUAAUAAAAAUGGUUAUACUUUUGAUAAAAUAUCAAAAGAUUUUUAUAUGUAUAAAAUGAAUAUUUGUAAUUUAAAAAUAUUUGAAAGCGUUACUGAAGUUAUCCAAAAUUUGUUUAAAAGUAACAAUGAAGUUUCAUUAUACUGUGGGCAAAUUGUGGCUAAUUAUUUUAAGAAUUAUAUGGAUAAUCAGUUUUCUAAGGAAACUUAUAAAAGUAGUGAAAAUAAAAAUGAAAAAGAAAGUGACCUACUUUUUAAUUUAAAACAAUCUAUAGAAAAUUUACCUGAACAAAUCAAAUGUUUUACCAUAAUCGCACAACAUAAAUUUUGUUAUUUAAAUGAAUUGCUGGCAAAAAAUGAAGAAAAUCUGAAACUCGAUAUAAGCAAAUCCAUUGAAAAUGAAAUAAAUGAUGAUUCAAAUAUAUUUUGCAAAGACGAUUUGAUUCAAAUGGGUAAUGAAAAUACAGAUAAUUUAGUCGAUGAAUUAAUUUCAGUUAAAGAAUUUCAAAUAAUAGAAGAAGAAGAAUUGUGCGAGGCAGAUAAAGAAAAUAUAGAUUUUGAAAAAAAAAGAGAAAUUAAUAUAAUUAUGAUGAUGGAAAAUGCUGAUAAUUUUGUUGAAAACGACCUGUACAGUUCAGAUGAAAAAAUGUUUAUAGUAAAUUUUGAGCAAGAAAAUGAGUUUUAUUUAGAUAUUGAAUAUAACAAAAAUAUGUGCAUCGAUCCAACAGAUGAUUUAUUCGAAUGUUUAGACAGAUUAAAGUAUAAAGGAAAUUAUAUAGAAAGAAACGGAAUAGGAAAAGAAAAGAAUAAUUAUGACAUUUUAAAAAAAAAUGAAAAAAAUGAAGAACAGUUUCGUAUAAUACAAACAAUUUUAUCUUUGCCUAAAUUAAUUCGUAAAAAUGAUAUAUUAGAAUAUAUAUGCAUAGAAUUAUAUAGUAUUCUUAUUUCGAUAAAUAAUAAUUAUUGUUGUUUAAAUAAAAGUAAAUAUUCAUUUGGAGGAAUUAAAUUAUUUGAUAUUAUAUUAUUAAAUAUUAAUUUUCCUAUAAAAAUAUGCAAAUUUAUUUUUGAAAAUAUUUAUUCAAAUAUAUAUACUAAUAUUCAAAAAACUAUAAUGUUAUUGUCUUUACAGUUAUCCUCUCUAUUUUUAUCAAAUACUAUUACAUUAAAUAAAGUUUUUGAAUAUGCACAAAUUAUAACGCUGAGUUUGGAUGGAAUUAAAACCAAUGUGUAUGGGAAAGAUAAUCAGGAAAACUAUUUUUUAAAUAUUUCAGAAAAAUUAGAUCAUAAUUUAUUUAAUGAAUGGUCUGAAGAAAUAAAUUUAACAAGAAAAAAUGAAAAGAUAAAAGAAGGAAACUAUUUAUUUCCAAAUAUUAUAAUAACACAAAAUGAUAAUAAAAAUUUACAUAAUUUAGACAUAUAUAAUGAUAAUAAAUGUUCUAUGCUAAAAGAAAAAUAUAAAAAUAACUAUAGUGAAUAUGAAGAAAAAAAAUGUAAUAAAAUAAAUAAAUACAUAUAUAACAAUUUUGAGAAAAGGUUAAAAAAAAACACAACAAUAUGUUCCAAUAGUUAUUAUAAUAAUUAUGAAAAAAAAAAAAAAAAUAUUUUUUUUAAUUUAUGUAAUUUUUUCUUUACACAUGUAUAUACAAAACUAUUAAGUCAUAAUUCACCUAAAGGUAUUAUAAAUUAUAAUGAUAAAUAUGAAAUAAAAAAUAAUUAUCCAAAAGACUCAUUAAUAACAGUAUUUAUAAUUUCUUCAUAUAAUUUAUUUUUUAAAUAUUCUUGUAAUUCCUAUAUAUAUAUAGACGAUGUUAUAGAUGAUAUAUUUUGUAUUGCAAAUAUUUUAAUUCGAGAUUCAAAUAUUAAUGUUAGAAAAAUAGUACUAAAAUUGUUGCUUCAAGUAGUUAAUUUAAUUAUAAGAAAAAAAAAGUUUUAUUCAUUAAAUAAUGAAAAUUAUAAUAAUAUAAUUAACUAUGUUUCAAAUCGUUUGGAUCUAGAACUCGAUUUUUCAACAUUGCUGUUCAUGAAACAUGUUCUGCAUAUUCACAAAGAAAUACAAAGGGAAGUUUUAUCGUGA